GGAAGUUAAGCAGAUACUAAUUAUGUUAAUUAAGUCUCUAAUUUGCAUAAUUAAUUUGAAAGUGUCCUAAUUCUUCUUAGUACGUAAAUCAUUAGGCUGUCAACACCGAGACCUGUGUAAAUUAGUGAAAGGUGUACAUAAGCAAGCAUAAAUUAUGCAAAUAUGAAGGCAUUUGAAUAAUCAGCAUAUUUCAUGGAGGUAUGAGGUCUGCGAACUCUUGUUCUAUUCUGUUUAAGGUCAUGGUCACAAGGGUCAAUAUAUAGCAGAAAGGUAUCAAUCAAUGGGAGACUACAAAUGCUUGUCAGUCAAUGAGUGCCUCUGUCAGCUGAACUUUGUCCACCCUUUUUGGUUCCAGUUCAAAUAGCCAUGGUUCACUGACCAAGUGCGAACAAGUGUAAACAUUAGUUAGAGGUAGAUAUUAAUAAACUGGCUUUGUUUACAACAUUUGAGAAAAUAUCAUAUAUACUUCACGCAUGAGUGUUGGGAAUGGGCAUGUUGUUCUGUACAUAAUUUAUUUUUUUCUGCUAUAUUGCCACUUCCCUGCAAAAAUCGUUUUCCUGAUAUCUGUCCUCCCUCUGUGGAAUGGUCCCGCCUUGAAUCUGGUUUUAACCGGCCCUCCUUGAACCAAGCUCUGACUGGCACACAGAAUAUUUACUGGCAUACCUGGAUAUAAUCUAUACAACUACUUUUGCCACCUGCCUGCUUAAAAAGGUGGAAGAAGAACCUUAUCUUGGCUGUUGGCAUCAUCUGAUACUAAGAAUGGCAACAAAACCAAAAGGCUUGCUGGAUCGCCUCAAGGCAGGAGAGACUGUUAUCUGUGCGGAGGGAUAUCUGUUUGAGUUUGAGCGACGUGGCUACCUGAAGGCUGGACCGUUUGCACCUGAAGUUGUGGUGGAGCACCCUGAGCUAGUGAAGGGGCUGCACCGGGAGUUUGCUCAUGCUGGGAGUGAUGUUGUGCUGGCAUUCACAUACUAUGGCCACAGAGAGACCCUUAGGGCAGUAGGGAGGGAGGAUGAACUGGAGACGUUUAACCGUACCGCCCUGAAGCUGGCCCGGGAGGUGGCAGACGAGACUGGGACCCUGAUGGCAGGGAACAUCUGCAACACCAACUGUUACAACGCUGACGAUCCUCAAGCACUGGACAGGUGCAGGCAAAUCUUCAAGGAGCAGACAGAGUGGGCAGUGUCUGAGGGGGCAGACUUCAUGGUAGCAGAGACAUUCCAUGUCCUAGGCGAGGCUUUGCUGGCUCUUGAAUGUGUCAAGCAGUAUGGCAAUGGACUUCCAGCAGUCGUAACAUUCUCUGUGUCGAGAAAUGGGCUGUGGUGUGGCAACACUGUGGAGGAAGCCAUGACAGCCCUGGAGGAGGCCGGGGCAGCAGUUGUUGGGCUGAACUGUGGACGUGGGCCUGCAACCAUGCUGCCACUGAUGGACAAGGUCGUCAACAAGGUCAAGGUGCCGUUUGCAGCCCUCCCAGUCGUGUACCGCACUACUGAACAGCAGCCAACCAUGCACUCACUCAUCAGCCACAAAGGUUCUAAAGCCUUCAUUGUGGACAUGGAUGAAUUUCUGUGUGGCCGCAGCAUGGUGGCAGACUUCGGCCAGCGCUGUAAGGAUCUGGGUGUGCAGUACGUGGGUCUGUGCUGUGGGAACGCCCCACACUUCACCCGCACCCUGGCAGAGACCAUGGGUCGCACCCCGCCCGCCAGUAAAUACUCGCCGGACAUGACCAAGCACUUUACCUACGGCACCGACCGUUGGUACGGCAACAAGAGCCUGUAGGCGCCAGUGGUUUGGGUUUGAAAUAACUUUCUUCCAUAAAUUACUGCAUAAUUUGAGCUGCAUCCUGUUACCUUGAUCCCUGGAAAGCCACUUAUUUCAGCAGUGUAAGGCAACAGUUCAGGUUAUGAUGCAAUGUUUCAGCAUGUCAGUACAAGAACUAUAUGCUAGUGACAAAUGUUCCCCAGGAACAAAGCUUCCAUUUUUUUUCUGCCUUUCAUUUUUGCUCUCUGGAAUAUCUGCCUUCAGAAGAACAAUGCUAACUGAUCUUGUUUUGGAUACUUGGAGUGCAAUUCAAUUAACCUUGGUGUUUGUACCCAAGACAUGGCAUAAUAUGUUUUACAUUAUCACGAACAAUAGAAAUGGGAACUGAAACAACUAACACCUCACCACUGUAAACAGUUUCAAGUACAUCAUGUAUUACCAAGUUUCUAUCCUUGUACAAUAAAUGACCUGUUUCCAAGGAAUAACGUCUGUAUAAUCUGUGUGGCUACCAGAAUCAGAACAACUGAACAAUUUCAAGGGGGAAUGGUCAAGUAAAGAGGUGAAAGGGACAGUUGACCUAUUUGCAAUAAAGGUGGUGUGGGUUGCUGAGACAAUCUGACCAAAUGAAGAGCCUUACUGA